CAUAGACUCUCCUCGUGUUUGUGGGAAAACCUUCAAAUUAGGAAUAUGGAAGGCUAAAACUCAAAACCAUUAAAGAGCGGAAGACACUUUUUUAGCACAGCUUCUCCACAGGAGAUGUCCAAGAAGUCUGAACACAGACAGAUUUUAGCCCGGUUGAUGCCCACUGAAGCAGGAUGAAGCACAUUUCUCCGUGCAAUACCACCCCCGGCCUCCUGACACCCCGUGUGGAGAAGCCCGAUUAUUAACUGGGAAGUACAUAAGUUUUACCAGGUUACUGCUUAACUGGCAGAUGUUCCCAGACUGAGAAUGGCAUGGCGUGGAGGACACUGUGGUAAAAGUGUUUAAUCGCCCUUUCUUUGAUGCUAAUACUGGAAAACUUGAUUACUUGCCUCAGCGUUCCUCUACAGCAGACCAGUUGCUGACCUUAUCCAGGUUUGCCUUUCAAGCUGCUUUUGACUACUCUGGACAGUAGCAGUGCAUUGAAUCUGACAUGGUUCUUCCUAGUUGUACUGCUGCAGAUGGAAUUCGGAGUACAAGGAAUGAGAAUUGAUAGGAUUUGUCGGUGUUUCUUCUGCUAUAGUGUGGCGAAUCUUUGAGCAGCAGCAGAGGAGACCUGCAAACAAAAAAGAAAUAGAAGCCAUUAACCUACCUUGUUCAGAGAGAACAGUAAAUCAGCACAAUAUGGCACAGCAUAGUAUUGUCCUUGGAUUAUUCAUGAUGACUGUUUUAUCACUGUUGGAUGGAAGUUCAGCUUUCCUGUUAAAUCAGCGUCUGAAGGGAAGAUUUCAAAGAGACCGUAGAAACAUCCGCCCAAACAUCAUCCUUGUUCUUACUGAUGAUCAGGAUGUAGAACUUGGUUCUAUGCAAGUGAUGAAUAAAACAAGGCGGAUCAUGGAACACGGAGGUGCUCAUUUCAUCAAUGCCUUCGUGACAACACCCAUGUGCUGCCCAUCUCGCUCCUCUAUUCUUACGGGGAAGUACGUCCACAACCACAACACUUACACCAACAAUGAGAACUGUUCUUCUCCGUCCUGGCAGGCUCAGCAUGAAAUACGUACGUUUGCAGUAUACCUCAACAACACAGGAUACAGGACAGCUUUCUUUGGAAAGUACCUUAAUGAGUACAAUGGCUCCUAUGUGCCUCCUGGUUGGAAAGAAUGGGUUGGAUUACUUAAAAACUCUCGAUUUUACAACUACACGCUCUGUAGAAAUGGAGUGAAAGAGAAGCAUGGAUAUGACUACUCCAGGGAUUAUCUAACUGAUCUGAUUACCAAUGACAGUAUUACCUUCUUCAGAAUCUCAAAGAAGAUGUACCCUCACAGGCCUGUGCUGAUGGUUAUAAGCCAUGCUGCUCCUCACGGCCCUGAAGAUUCAGCCCCUCAGUACUCGCAUCUCUUUCCUAAUGCCUCACAACACAUCACUCCCAGUUAUAACUACGCUCCAAACCCAGACAAGCACUGGAUAAUGAGGUAUACAGGUCCCAUGAAACCUAUACACAUGGAGUUCACUAACAUGCUACAGAGGAAGCGCCUUCAAACACUCAUGUCUGUGGAUGACUCGAUGGAGAUGAUUUACAAUACGUUGGUUGAAACAGGUGAACUGGACAACACGUAUAUAAUAUACACAGCAGACCAUGGUUAUCAUAUUGGCCAGUUUGGGCUGGUGAAAGGGAAGUCCAUGCCAUAUGAGUUUGAUAUCAGAGUUCCUUUCUAUGUCCGAGGUCCAAAUGUGGAGGCUGGGUCCUUGAAUCCUCACAUCGUGUUGAAUAUUGAUCUUGCGCCUACAAUUCUAGAUAUUGCUGGAUUGGAUAUUCCAUCUGAUAUGGAUGGUAAAUCCAUUCUAAAGCUUCUGGACUCUGAGAGACCAGUAAAUAGGUUCCAUUUAAAGAAAAAGAUGAAGGUGUGGAGAGACUCGUUCCUAGUGGAAAGAGGUAAACUGCUGCAUAAGAGGGAAAAUGAGAAGGUAGAUGCCCAAGAAGAAAACUUUCUACCCAAAUACCAGCGUGUGAAAGAUCUCUGUCAGCGAGCUGAGUAUCAAACAGCUUGUGAACAGCUUGGCCAGAAAUGGCAGUGUGUGGAAGAUGCCAGUGGAAAGCUGAAGCUACACAAAUGCAAGGGAAUGGCAAACUUGGCAGCUGCAGGCAACAGCAAAGGCACCUCCAAUAUUUUGCCCAAGUAUUACAGCAGGAAUAGUGAAGACUGCAAUUGUGAAGAGAAUGAAUACAAGCUGAGCCACGUGGGACGGAGAAAGAAACUCUUCUCCAAGAAAAAGUACAAACCAAGCUAUGUUCGGAAUCGCUCUGUCCGUUCCGUAUCUGUUGAGCUGGAUGGAGCUGUUUAUAACUCGGGUUUGGAGGAUGGAUACCAACCUGUCUUACCGAGAAACAUCACCAAACGUCACAAGACGCAGAGGGCGCUUCUUCGCGAGGAGGAAGAUAAAGACGUGGGGGAAUACAGUGGCACCGGCGGCAUUGCAGAGUACACAGCCCCUAACCUAAUAAAAGUGACUCACAGGUGCUAUAUCCUGGAGAAUGAUACUGUUCAGUGCGACACAGAUCUGUACAAGUCACUGCAAGCUUGGAAGGACCAUAAACUUCAUAUUGACCACGAGAUUGAAACUUUGCAAAACAAAAUAAAAAACCUGAGAGAGGUGAGAGGUCAUCUGAAGAAGAAGCGACCUGAAGAGUGCGAUUGCAACAAGAUAAGUUACCAUUCAAAACACAAAAGCAAACUGCGGCACAAGGGAUCUAGUCUUCAUCCUUUCAAGAAAGCCCUACAGGAGAAAGACAGGCUGUGGCUGCUUCGAGAGCAACGACGGAAGAAGAAACUGCGCAAACUGCUUAAGAGAAUAAAAAAUAAUGACACGUGCAGCAUGCCUGGUCUGACCUGCUUCACCCACGACAACCAACACUGGCAAACAGCUCCCCUGUGGACACUGGGGCCUUUCUGUGCCUGCACCAGCGCCAACAACAACACAUACUGGUGCUUGAGGACAAUCAACGAGACCCACAACUUCCUGUUUUGUGAAUUCGCUACUGGAUUUUUGGAGUAUUUCGAUCUCAAUACAGAUCCCUAUCAGCUGAUCAACGCAGUGAAUACGCUAGAUAGAGAUGUUCUCAAUCAACUGCACGUCCAGCUCAUGGAACUGAGAAGCUGCAAAGGGUAUAAACAAUGCAAUCCAAGGACCAGGAACAUGGAUCUGGGACUUAAAGAUGGAAGCUACGAGCAGUACAGGUACAUUUCAAAAAAAAAGCUGUUAAAUUACUAUUCUGAAGUAAUGCUGAAUGUCAGUGUGGGGUUGGGAAGCACAUGGACAGGCACUGCCUGGAACGGCCCUUGCAAGACCUUUCCACCCCAGUUACUUUGAAACACUGGAGCUAUUUCUAUGUUACUUACAGCAGGUUCUCAACUUUGUAGUCAAAAUUCAGGCUAAAGUCUUCUCCUUCCUCAUCUUUCAGACUGUAGUGCUGGUGGUUUUCUUGGUGAUGGUUAACUUUUUUCUCCUUUUGCUGCUUGAAAAUUAGGCAGUUUCAGCGCCGAAAAUGGCCAGAUGUGAAGAGACCAUCAUCUGCCAAGUCACUGUGAGUUGGGAGCAGUUCACAAAAAGCAUUCGUUUUUACUUACCUUUCUUCCCUUCACUUCUCUUUCUGCAUGCAGCACUUUUUAACAUCAUCAUUACUGUCAUGGCACGUCCUCUAAAUUAUGCAAGAAAUGUGAUACUGCCAUCGUUGCAGGCAACUACCGCUGUACAUAACCUCUUGGCAUCUGUUUUCUGGGAAUUUAGGAAUAUUAAGGUCAAGGCAAUUUUGAAUGAGCAAAGGUGGAUGCUCAGCUGAAGAAACCAGUUAUGGUUAACUGUCAUUAAAAAUUAGAGGCCGUUAUAUCAGUUUUGUCUAAAUUUAAACUUGUAGCAGCUACCUGGUGGUCUUUCUCAUCAUCCAGAAAGAACAAAACUGACGGUAGUUUCUCAGAGUAGAGAGAGUAUCAGGUAUUUAUCUAACCACAGCCUCACGUGCUGUGAGCAAAAAAAAGCAAGUUAGAAGAGAAAGCAGACUACAAAACAGAUCUGUACAUCGCGUUUCAUUCUGACAUUAUAUUAAAAUCUUGAUUGCUUUUUGGUUACUUAACUGCCCGUUAGAACUUGCAGAUGAUACUCAGUUCUCAACUUGCCAGAGCCCCAAGGUGAGACAACAGAUUUAAAGACAUGGCGAAGUUCCCUUUGCCGUGCCAGUUACUGUCACUCAGUCUCCCCUUGAAAAGAAAGUUGAGACUCCUGCUCGUUAAAAAUCAUAAGGUGUCUCAAAUGGUGAAAAAAUACGUACAAGUACCAGCAUUCUCAAUUCACCCACGAGGAUUUGCUCAUUUAACGGUAUUAUUUUUAUUUCUAGUUGAAGAGAUCCAAGACUGGCUUUAGAACCAAAACGAAGCUAGAAUUAAUGAGAUACAAAUUUCUGUACAGGUUGACGUUUCAAACAUACUUGGAUUGUUUCUGUGAUAUACCUGCUGGAUUUUUAUAGGUGGUCCACAGUGUCUCCAUUGUUUUUUUUCCUGCAUGGAACCAUGAAAAAUAUCUUUCUUUCUAACUACUUCCUACUAGAACAUUACACGCUAAAUUGUAUUUGUUUUAUUUUAAAGAGGACAACUGUGGGAAGGAUGGGAGGGCUAACCUCCCCCAGCCGCUGCACCUCCAUGAGGAUACAAACUGGCCAGAACUUGAAUCCAUGUACAGACUCAAUGAAAAUGUGUUUGACUUCAGAAAGAAUCGCAACAUUAGCCUGGAGGAGUGGAUAAACUUUGAGGCUGAAAUAGAUAGAAUGUUUGCACUGGGGAGUGAAUUAAAUAGUUGCAGUGACACGAUGGGAAACGCUGCCAGAACUAGGUGUCUCUGAAAUCCACUAUUGCACCUGCUUUUUGCUUUGGAUUAUACCUCACCGGCUUCACAAGGCAUCUGACAUCAAGAUGACACCGCUAACACUGAUCCGGGAAUUGACAGAAUUGGAAAUACAGCCGCAGCCCGAAGAGGAUUGCCAUCCCAGCGGGCAAACUGUACACAAAGACAGCGCAAGUAAAACACAGUAAAAACAUUUUUUCAGUUGUCAUGAGGAAAACUUCAAAGCCAAGUAUAACUCUGAAGCAAGAUUUAGAAAACAUGGACGCUUUUGCUUCUAACGGGGGUAAAGGUAAUGGUGGAAGAGAACUCUUAAAGAGAUUCAGGAAUUGAAGUGAGCAGCAUUGAAUAUUCUCAACAACGUGGUAUUUCUCAAAUUUCCUCUAAGGAUAUGUUUUAGUUCCAUGCCUACUUGUCCAUCCUAGUGAGACCUCUAGGAAAAUUAGGGAAAAUCUUGACUAACAGGACGCCAGAUUUUUGGAGGGGUUGUGUAAAUAUUGAUCAAUAUACUGUUUGAAAAUAAAUUCCUUCAGGUUGUGAAGACUUUUGUUAAUAAAAAGAGUGGAAUGCCCACACACCAUUUCUCAAAAUGUUACUUAAUGUUGCAUAGUACAUUUCAGAAUUUAUCCAUUUUUAAAAGUACUGAAAAUUUUCAGUAAAUUUACAUCUUAAAUUUUAAUGAAAUCAGAUUUGUAUGAAGUUUUUUUAUGUGGUAAUAUUAUAUUGCCUGUUCAAAACCAAAACAGUUCCUUUGAGAAAGCAGCAUUUGCUUAGUAGUGUAACUUUUACAUUUAUUUUUAAAAAAGGCAGCUCCAAGAAGUUCAAUACUUGUAGCCAAUAAAGAAUAAUCUAGUUGUAGUUUAGUCUACAAAAGAAGUAGAUGAUCUGAAUGACAGUUACUGUUUAAAGGCUUUUAAAGGGAAGAAACCAUCAUUUUACUAAGGAAGCACAGUGUACAGAGUCUAUUUGAGUAUUUUCAUAAAGACCUUAUUAAAUACAUUGUAGUACAGGCACUACCAGCGAUACUUGUAUUUAUGAUUUUUUUCAUGUUAAUCUGCUACCUGUUUUAGAGGCACAUGCAGGAGGGAGCUCGUGACAGACUCGACCAGCUGUGGCCUUCACUCUUAAGAGGUACCUUUUUUUCCAAAACACAAACUUAAUUUGCACUCUAGAAACACAGCCUAAAAAUAAAUCACGGAAAUUAUUUUGAUACCUUCCCUUGCAGAUUAGGGAAUUCAAGUGGAAUUAUUUCACAAGGGAUAUAGAGCUCUAGUACCAAACCCCCAUACUCCAAAAAAUACACUUAGAUUUAGGAACCAAGAAAAAAAAAAUGCUGAGGAAGUGGCAGUGGGGUCUUGCACUGUACAUGCUAUACAGUAAAACUAGGCUUGAGCAUGGAUUUGUAUCACAUGUAAAUCAAAUACGCUUCCCAAAAUUUUUUUGAAAGGUUGUUUUUUUUUUUAAUUAUGGAAGUAAUGUACAAUUGCCUGUCUUAAUCUAGCCAUAUUUGUUUAUAACCUGUUACAGAUUCCAUGGAUUAUCAGAUCUGCUAGAUGAUAAGAUCCCGGAUCAAUACAAAUAAGUUAAAAAUACUGAAUUUAAACUCACCAACAGAAACAAUAGCGUUGCUGCUUUCCAGAGCAGUGUUAGCUGUCUGCCAUGCCCAGCAGGGAUGCAGAAGGAAUACUAGGUUAGAUUAAAAAACAUUUGCACUUACCCUUUUUUUUUUUUUCAUGUUGAGCCUAUAGUCUUUGACAAGAUGAGCGCGUGACUCGGUGUUCGUGCUCCCCUCACACCCUGGGCAGACAGCCGGGAAGUUCCCUUGUCCCUGUGCGCAAAAUCUUGAGCCGUGGGACUCGCAGGUGACACAAGAAGCAGCUGUCACUUUACGAAAGGUGGGUUGUCGCCAAGGCGUGGGGAAAGCUGCACCUCUUCGCCUUUCAGCGCUGCUGAAGACUACUAUGGAAGUUGCAAAAGACAUAAAUUCCACUCAGCGUCAAUGCAUCUGUAGUUGCUAAAUGGGUCUCUUGGGUGGAAGGGCUGAGGCUGUUACUCCCUUAGCUUUUACGGCCAACUAGGAAAAGAAUUAAAUUAUUCACUAUACGGAGCUUUCCUCAGCAAUAGCACCAGAGUUUCUCUGACCUUCCCAGGAUACAGUUAUCGGCCUUAACAUACUAGACAGCUAAUACACCGUGUCACCAAGUUCAGAUUUUAAAUAGAAACCUUUAUUUACAUUAUUAUUAACAUCCAAACACAAAAAUCAGAAGAGCAGUAAUACCUUACAACCAACUGUUUUAUAAAUCAGUCCCCAUGAUUUUUCUGUUUUGCAAAAUAAAGAUACAGAUUUUUCAAGCAAUACUUAUAAUGUAAACUAAACUUAAAUGCAAUUCUCAAUACUGUAUGCCUUCUCCUGAGAAUUUUUUAAAAUAUUGCUAUCAGAAUUACAUGGUUUCAUACUUGCUGUAUCAUUGUGUCAUCUGGUAGUCUGCACAUAAAUUCUAAAAUAAAAUGUGUGCUAAUUGGUACAACA